AUAGUAUACAGUUAAAGCUAUAAAUUAAUUACCUUACUAAUUUCACAUAUCACUAAUUCAGAUUCACUGAACAAAAAAAAAAGAAACAAUGGAAACACCACCACUGGACGACAAAGCAAGAAGAAUGAGAGAUCUUCUCUCAAGUUUCUACUCUCCACACCCUUCAAUUUCCUCCGACACCCCCAACACAUCUUCCAAAUACACUUCAUCUGAUGACAUCAACUCUUCAUCUUUCGAACCUGAUUACUACAUGAAUGCCCUGGCACAUAAGUUGAAUUUGGAAGGGUUACUUCAUAGGCACGUUGAAAUGGUUACUGAAAUUAAGAAUCUCGAUACUGAUUUGCAAAUGCUCGUCUACGAAAAUUAUAAUAAAUUCAUUUGCGCUACAGAUUCUAUAAAGAGGAUGAAAAGCAAUAUUUUGGGGAUGGAAGGGAACAUGGAAGGACUUCUUGAUAAGAUAAUGUUUGUACAGUCAAGGAGUGACAAUGUGAACACUUCUUUAACAGAAAAUAGGGAGCAUAUUGAGAAAUUGAAUAGGACAUGCAAUUUUCUUCGUAAAAUUCAGUUCAUAUAUGACCUACCUGAAAGACUAGGCAAAUGCAUCAAAGUUGAGGCAUAUGCUGAUGCAGUUAGAUUCUAUACUGGUGCAAUGCCUAUUUUUAAGGCAUAUGGAGACACAUCCUUCCAAGAUUGUAAGCAAGCAUCUGAUGAAGCAAUAGCUAUCAUAGUAACAAAUUUGCAGGAGAAACUACUUUCAGAUUCUGAAUCAACUCAAGUGAGAGCUGAGGCUGCAGUUCUCCUUAAGAAGUUGAACUUUCCGGUGGAUAAUUUGAAGGCAAAGUUACUAGAGAAGUUGGAACAUUUACUUAUAGCCAUUGAGUUGAUCCCUAAAGUAGUAGAGACUACUUCGUCCUCUUCUCACGAGGAAGCCUUUCAUGAGUUUGUGGAGGCAAUUCAUGCAUUUCAAGUAAUAUUUCCCGAUUCAGAAAUGCAAUUAGUUAAACUUGCUCACGAUUUAGUGAACAAGAACUUUAAAAUUAUUGAGGAGUAUGUAAAGACACGAGUUUGUGCAGAAGAUCUGCUUGGUGUUCUUCGAGUUGUUUGGAAUGAUGUGCUCCAAAUGGACGAAGUCUUAGAAGAAGCAUCUCUCUCUAAUCAUUCUAUCGAGGCUGCCAAAGUUUCUGUCAAGAUGUAUGUUAACAGUACAUUUUCUCAUCUAACGCAAGACAUUUCAGAUUCCCUCUUAAAAGUAUUGAAAGGGGAUGGAGCAGAGAAUCACUUACUGGAAGCUGCUCUAGAUGUUAGCACAAAAACAGUACUUCAAGGAGGCAGAAACUUUUUGCUAGAUGUCCGCAAAAUUCUUGACGACAACUUAGAGAUCCUAAAUAAACUAAGAGAGUUGGUGAUUGAUUGGGUUCAAGAAGGAUUUCAAGACUUUUUUAGGCAACUUCAUGUUCAGUUCCAAUUAUUUUCAAGAAGAAACAAUUAUGCAGGUACUCAAAAUCACAGUUUUGUAGAGGGAUCACAAGGUGACAAAGCUUUUCCUGGUCUUGUCCUAGUGAUGGCGCAACUGUCUGCAUUCAUUGAACUGACUGCCAUCCCGCAAAUCACUGAGGAACUAGCAGCUUCCUUUCCUGGUGGUAAUGUUAGAGGUUAUGAACAUGGAUUUGGCUUUGUUCCUAGAGAAAUCUCUCAAAAGUUUAGAUCAGCCAGUGAAAGUUUCUUACAUAUGUACAUUACUAUGAGAACUCAACGGAUAUCACUUCUCCUAAAGAAGAGGUUUACCACACCUAAUUGGAUAAAGCAUAAGGAGCCAAGAGAAGUCCAUAUGUUUGUGGAUCUGUUUCUUCAAGAGCUCAAAGUUAUAGGUAAUGAAGUGAAGGAGAUUUUGCCUCAAGGUAUACAGAAACACCACAGAACUGAUAGUAAUGGCAGUAGUGCUUUAUCAAGAAGCAACUCCCUUCCUGAGGAGAGAUUGAGUAGAUCAAAUACUCAAAAGGGAAGGAGCCAGCAACUUUUGGAAACACAUCUAGCAAAACUGUUCAAGCAAAAAGUUGAAAUUUUCACAAAAGUAGAAUAUACACAGGAAUCAGUCAUUAUGACCAUGGUUAAAUUAUGUCUCAAGAGUUUACAAGAAUAUGUUAGACUCCAAACUUUUAAUCGGAGUGGAUUCCAACAAAUUCAAUUGGAUAUUCAAUUCUUAAGGACUCCAUUAAAAGAAAUAGUUGAAGAUGAAGCUACAAUGGACUUCUUGCUUGAUGAGGUGAUUGUUGCUGCUACAGAACGAUGCCUAGAUCCAGUUCUAUUGGAGCCCCCAAUAUUAGACAAACUUAUACGAGCAAAGUUGGCAAAAACUUGAGAACCAAAAUAUAGUAGUUUUUGUAUAAACAUGUUAGGGAAGUGCAGGGUAUGCCCAUGUUGACCUUUUUGUUUGAGAUAUUUUCCUAUAUUUAUUUUUAAAUGAAUUUGAUAUUCAAAGUCCAAAAUAUAAGGAUGAAUAAUAAAAGAAUGCAUUUGGUGCUAACAUCCUUAUAAUAAUA